UGCUACGGGAUGGAAGGCAGCUUCUAGGCAGAAGACGGAUUUGUGCAGCUGUAAGGCCGUUUGCGAUACUUCACUGGCGAUCCUCUCCCGGUUUUUGGCAUCGUGCCUCGUCUGUUCGGCUCCAAAGUCAGGUGAGUUUCCGCGUAACCUCCAGUGGAGUAAAUUUGGCUGAUAUAUUUGGCAGUGGGUGGGAUUAUCGCCGGUUCUCUUUCAGGAUGGGCCUUGAGCUGCGGCCAGAAAAGUGCUUUUAGUACAAUGCCUCGCCUCGAGAUGGAAUUCAGAGUCUGAGGGGUGUUCCAGUCACCACGACGACUAUUAUGGAAUUUCUUGACGGAGCACGCGACCCGUGCGUGAUGCAGCGCAUAUACUUAGGUUUAAUUGAUGUCCCUUUUGACGGAUGCCCGGAGGCGGGUUUCCGCGGCAUUUGUGUUCAAGGGGCAGUGCCCUAGCCAGUAUCAGAAGGUGAUUGCAAUGGGAGUGGCAUUCAAGGUCGAAUGGCCCAGAUGGGCGCUCGGUCCGAUAGGAUGUACUAUUAUCGCGCUCACAAGUAUUGGGUAUGAUGAGUAACGGUUCUAAUCGCAGUAGUCGACAGAUUCGACCUCAAGAAUAGCGACAAGAGGACCACCGAGGGAUGAAGCUU